AUGACAGGAUUUAGGUUGGCAUAUGGUGGCGCUCAGGAAUAUUUUGGAAUAACUCCUGAUUUGACAACACUUGGGAAGGUUAUCGGCGGUGGCUUGCUAGUAGGUGCCUAUGGAGGAAGGAGGGAUAUUAUGCAGAUGGUGGCACCAGCAGAACCAAUGUAUCAGGCUAGGACCCUAAGCGGGAACCCAUUGGCUAUGACUGCUGGUAUUCACACACUUAAGCGGUUAAAGCAGCCGGGAGCAUAUGAACACUUGGACAAAAUCACCAGUGAACUUAUUCAGGGAAUAUUGGAUGCUGGGAAGAAGACUGGUCAUGCAAUGUGUGGUGGGUAUAUUAGCGGAAUGUUUGGCUUCUUUUUCACACAUGGACCAGUUCAUAACUUUUCGGAUGCAAAGAAGA